UACCUCCCUCUGCUGUCAUCAGUGAGAAGUUCCUCGACAAUGGGAAAUCAUGUACUCGCAGCUUCAAUCUCCAUGCUCUCGCUCCUGGCAAUGAUGGGAGACGCGGAUGGUAAAACAGACAGCUCCUUCAUGAUUGACUCCGAUCCCAGCCGCUGUAUGAGGCAUCACUACGUUGACUCCAUCAGCCACCCCCUGUACAAGUGUAGCUCGAAGCCCUCCUCUCUCCCUCCCCGGAUGUUCCUGCUGGCUCGCUGCGAAGGGCGCUGCAGCCAGACGUCGCGCUCGGAGCCGAUGGUUUCGUUCAGCACGGUGCUGAAGCAGCCCUUCCGCUCCACCUGCCACUGCUGCCGGCCCCAGACCUCCAAGCUGAAGGCCAUGCGGCUGCGGUGCUCGGGGGGCAUGCGGCUCACCGCCACCUACCGCUACAUCCUCUCCUGCCACUGCGAGGAGUGCAACUCCUAG